UUCUUCGCAAGCUGCGCGCAGACAAAAAUUCAAUCCACAUCUCACCCACUUCCGCAUAGAGACCUAUUUUAUUACUCAUUAAACGAUUUUAUUGGCCCAUCGCAUUCCCUUAGCAUUCCACGCACAUUUGGCAUCCAAGUAGGGGAGCUCGCCCGCUUUUGACAUCACAUUUUGAUGUCGAGCGCAGAUGGCUUCAUCCCGAGAUAAGCGGAAGAUUGAGAUUAUCGAUCUCACGGACUCCUGCGAUCAACCACGCAAAGCAGCGAGAUUUCCCAAUUCUACUUCUGCCGGACACCGAAGCAUCGAGUCCUCUCAGAAUCAUUCGUUUAGCCAGGGAAGGGGUACACAGGCAGAUGAGGACGAAACGGGUGCCUCUGAGAUUGUAGACGCCGCCCAAAGUUUGGAUGAAGAUGCUUUUACUAAUUUCCAGCUAUAUGACACUCUCUCGUCAAAAGUCGUUGGCCUUAGAUACUACAACGGGCACGCAACGGCUGGGGAAUAUGUAGCAAUCAAAAGAGAGCCAAAUAAUCGUUAUGAUCCAAAUGCUAUCCGGGUUGAUAAUGUUAUGGGGACUCAAAUUGGACAUCUUCCUCGCACUAUUGCUAGCAAGUUAGCACCAUACAUGGACUCUAGAUCGCUGCUCGUAGAAGGCAUAUUAUCUGGUGACAAGGGUUUUUUUGAUUGUCCCAUCGAGCUUAAACUCUACGGAACUAGCCAGCCAGUUCAACAGGUAGAACUUAUGAGGAAAAUGGAGCGCGAUCGCCUUCCUCUCAAAACCAUCAAACACUUCCGAAGGGAAAGGGCGAAGCAAUGUGCGGCGUACGCAAGAGAGGCUGCAAAGCAGGCCGGGAAACAAGCCCGCCCUCUAGCAAAAGGCAAAGGCCAACAGUGGCAAGCUUCUGAAAACCCAACCUAUACAAAUCUAUAUAUUCCAAAUGGAAAUGAAUCUCAGAAGGAAAUAGCCUCCCUGGAAGAUAUCAUCGGCCAAAGCACAAGCUUUAAUCCUAGAGAGAUGGGCCAAGUUGUGGAAAAGUUUGGAACAAACGAAGAGGAACUAGCGAGGAUGCCCAUGGCAUCAUGUCCGAAGGCUCUUUCCACAGAAUUGCUUCCGUAUCAACGUCAAGGUCUUGCAUGGAUGCUGGACAAAGAAUCUCCAAAGUUCCCAAGUAAAGGGUCUCGAGACGUUGUCCAGCUUUGGAAGAGGUCUGGCAACAUGUUUACAAACAUCGCGACUAACUACACAACGGCAACGGAACCACCUCUUGCCAGCGGUGGCAUUCUAGCGGAUGAUAUGGGCCUCGGGAAAACAGUACAGAUUAUAUCACUUAUAUUGGCUAAUUCAGCCCCGAAAACAAAAGAAUCAUCGAAAACGACCCUUGUUAUCUCACCUCUUGGCGUUAUGAGCAAUUGGCGAGAUCAAAUCGCACAACAUAUUCACAACGAUCAGGCCCUCAGAGUUUUGAUUUAUCACGGAGUGGGUAAAAAGGAGGCAAAGAACCUCAAUAACUAUGAUGUGGUUAUUACUACGUAUGGAGCUCUUGCUUCGGAAUAUGCUCCAAUUGAGAACAAAUUACCGAAUUCCAAGCCCUCGCAAGGGUUAUUCUCUUUACGUUGGCGCCGGGUCGUCCUAGACGAGGGCCAUACGAUUAGAAACCCUCGUACCCGAGGAGCGCGCGCAGCAUGCAAGUUGGAAGCCGAUUCUCGAUGGUCGCUCACCGGAACACCCAUCGUCAAUAACCUAAAAGAUUUAUACUCACAAGUAAAAUUUCUAGGAAUUUCAGGAGGCCUCGAAGACCUGACAGUCUUCAAUAGCGCUGUAAUUCGUCCCCUUACUGCUUGUGAUCCAAAUGCGAACCUUCUUCUCCAGGCCUUGAUGGGUACCAUUUGUCUACGACGGAAGAAGGACAUGAAUUUCAUCAAUCUCCGUCUUCCACCACUUUCUUCCCAUGUGCUUCACGUCAAAUUUCUUCCACAUGAACAGGAGAAAUACGAUAUGUUUCAGGCGGAAGCCAAGGGAGUCCUUUUGGACUAUCAAGCCAAUGCCAAUAACAAGAAUGGAGGUGCAACGUAUUCUGUUCUCCUCGAAGUUCUACUCCGCAUGCGCCAAGUGUGCAAUCACUGGAAGCUUUGCCAAAACCGCAUUAAUAACCUUAUGGAACUGCUAGAACAGCACAAAGUGGUAGCAUUAACCCCUCAAAAUAUCAAAGCACUCCAAGCUCUUCUUCAACUUAAAAUCGAAAGUCAAGAAAUGUGCGCUAUUUGCCUUGACACCCUCCGUCAGCCUGUCAUUACUCCAUGCGCUCACACGUUUGACUAUUCUUGCAUCGAACAAGCCAUUGAGCGCCAACACAAAUGCCCACUUUGCCGGGCAGAAAUCGAAGACUGCAAAAGUCUAGUUGCCCCUGCGGCAGACCUUGGCGAAGAUACAAAUGAAAUUGACAUCGAUCCCGAAACUACCAGCAGCAAGAUUGAAGCUCUGCUGAAAAUCCUCACAGCUAAGGGCCAAGCACCCAAUACGAAAACUGUCGUCUUCAGCCAAUGGGUGUCUUUUCUUGACAUAGUCGAGCCCCAGCUGGCGCGUAAUGGCAUCACAUUUGCCCGCAUAGAUGGCAGAAUGAGCUCUGCCAAACGAGACGCAGCGAUGAAGGCUCUAUCAAACGACCCAAACUGCACCGUGCUUCUUGCUAGUUUAAACGUCUGCAGUGUCGGCCUUAACCUCGUCGCAGCAAACCAAGUCAUCCUUGCCGACAGCUGGUGGGCUCCAGCUAUUGAAGACCAGGCUGUUGACCGCGUAUAUCGUCUAGGACAAAAAAGACCAACGACUAUAUGGCGUCUUGUGAUGGAGAACAGUAUUGAAGAUCGGGUCCUACACAAGCAGAAAGAGAAACGUACGCUGAUGACGACGGCGUUCAGAGAGAAACUAGACCGAAAGGGUGAGGAUCGGAUGUCACGUAUUGCCGAUUUGGAGAAAUUACUUCAGUAAUAGUGCAGCUCCUUCUGUUGCACUAAAUCCUUGCCCUGCUACUCUAUAUUUUCAUCUCAAGAAAUCGUUUCGACCUUGAACUCCCAUCUACCUACAGCUCCUGCAUAUACUGUCUUCAAUUUGUUGGGAAAUUCUGUAACACAAUCUUUACAAUUUCUUUCAUCCUUCCUUUCUUUUCCGUAAUUUAAUACCUACUUGCUACUCUCUCUUUCCAUUUCCAUUUGUUACCUUCAAAUAUUCCUUUUAAUCAUGUUUGCAGUUUUUACUCUUGCCAACCACACUCGCCUUGAUGGGAACCAGAUGUGGACUUCUUGGCAAAGACUGUUUUAAACCGCUUUUCCAUUCGUUACAGCCAUUUUAGUUGCAUCCAAUUCCAAUCCACUUGCUCGAAAAACAAUUUUUGUGAUAACCAGCGCGCUAUCCACUAAUGAGCUCAGUCUUCGGUCACCAGGGUUUCUAUGCAGGUCCUCACCAGAAGGUCUCUCAGUGGCCGUCUCAUAACUUAACAAAACUAUGCGGUAACGUAAACCGUGCCCGCUCUCUGUGAAGAGGACUCCUCCGGCCCCCAUUGCUUGUAUUGCGGUGUCCUGGCGAGCUAGGGCGAUUCAAACGAAUAAUUACUUAUUAAUUGGUGGUCCGAGCCAGUCGUUGAGUCUAGAAUCCGCCCCAGGUCUUAAAAAUUCAAAUCCUCGGUGACUUUUCUGGUGAUCUUCUGUAGGGGAUCUUGUAACCCCGGGUUAGAAGCCCCUAGAAGCCA